CACGGGCUUUUUAUGUUGCCAUUUUUGAUUGCCCCCAGACAGCACAACAAACACAGACGGCCAUUGAUGGAGAUAUUUUCGUAACUAAAUGCGGGCUCACAGUCCGCUGGACUUGCAUUUGGAUUCGGAUUUUAUGUUGAACCUUUCGCCUUGGACGGCUGGCUUUCGAAAUACUUUGGGGCCGGGAAAAUUCACUCACUGCCAAGUGGAAAAACUCGAGGCAUCCAGCUGAAAACUGAAAACUGGUUGCCUGGCCUUGGUCUAAUCCACAUUUCAGAACCUCCAGCCGGUCAGGCAGCCAGCCAGCCAGCCAGCCAGCCAGGCAGCCAUUCAGCAACAGGCAGCAGAUUCUGUCUCGGAUCUCGACUGGGUUUCCAAACUUGAUACUCGACCGCUUGGCCUACGUUUCAGCCAUGGCUGCUGGCCAGAACGAAUGUGCAGUGCUGCAACUUGACUUUGCAAUCGCCAUCACAACGCUUUCGACCGCAGCACACCAAACAAGUGGCGUUCAAGUGCGGAUUGCCAAGAUCAAUGUGUCGACAGCAUGAGCUUCAACAAUGAUAUAAUCAUCACCGCCAUGGACCGAUUCGUGUGGUUCGUCCUCCUGGUGGUCAUGUCGCACCUGGUCACCGAGUUCACCCGCGUCUCCGGCUACGCGAGGGGCCAGCGCCACGAGCUGGUGCUGCUGAACGACAGCCUACUGCAGCCGAUGCCCGUCCAGAACAUGGUGCUCUACCCCAGCCAGGACUACGGGCAGUACCAGCAGCGUCCCAACUCCGCCUCCGCAUCCUCCUCCCCCGCGGGCACCAUAGGCAGCCUGCAGCAGAACGCGGCCCUGCUGCUGAGCAGCUUGGCGGCGGGAGUGAGUCCGGGGAACGGAGCAGCUGCAGCGGGAGCAGCGGUUCCCGGGAGCAACGCGGCCAUUUUGUCCCUCGGCGACAGCCAGCCGGCCCAUGCCUCCGAGAACUCGUACCCAAUGUUCAGUUUGCGACCCCUGAUCGACAGCAUUUUCGAGAUUCCGAUUUCGACGCUGCGCGCUGUCAACAAUCUGGUGGGUCGUCUGACCGGAGGAUAUCGCCAGGCCCCCACGGAGGUGUCACAGAAAUCCGUGGCGGCGGGUACUGCCCUACCAACCAGCAGGCAAAAUCCCACUCUAAGUGCCCAUCCCAGUGCGCAUCAUCAGAUGAGGGAGGAGAUGGCGUAAUUUUAGGCCCCCCUUUAGUCAGUACUUGAAUGAAUGUUGUAAUUUCUGUCAGUGUAUGUUCCAAGCGUGUGUGUUGCGUGUGCAUUUUGACCUUUGUGAUAUAUGUGACCUUGCUGUAAGCCUAGCCUAAGUAUAUUUAUGUCAGUCCAGAUGAAAAUCCAAAACGGAGGAUUAUGGAAUAAAUUUAAUAUGUGUAAACCAGCAGCAUAUGACAUUUCGUCCAACGUGUUGUGGGUUGAGUUAUUGUGCAGUAAAUUGCAAAAUACAGAAAAUAAAUGGAUUUAAAUUAGUA